UAUCGGGCGAGUACCUGUACAACCCGCAGCACCGAAAGGGCCUUAGUUGCGCAUUGACAAGUCGAGAAUUAGAACGCCAAUUUAUUAAGUUCCCUUGCGAAGUCUAUAAUGUCAACGACUCGAACGAAUGUCGCCGCUACCCAUGGCGACAGAAGCCAACAACAACAGCAACAACAACAGCAGCAGCAGCAACAACAAGAACAAGUCAUUCGAGAAAAGUACGGAACAUGCCGUAUUGGAAAGCUGGUGAGCACAGCUGGCAUUGUCGUAGCCCUGCUGCUGGUCGUGGGAGCCAUAUAUAUGCAUGUAAUCCAAAAACAUCGUCUUGGCCGCCUAAAUAUUGAGCUGGCGGCAGCUGGGCGCAGAGACGGCGAGGUGGAGCUGCCCUUUGAAGUGGUCACUGUGCCAGCCGUGGCUGCGUUAGGCACGACGCUGCUUAGCGUCGACUGUCUGGAGUGCAUCGCGGCGACGGCCACAGCAAAGAGGCCGGCGAUGUGCCACUCGACUCCAUGCAGCAUCUACCGGAUCUCAAGACCGUAUUGGCAGGAUGCGACUCGGGAGGCGACGCACAGUGGUCCAGAGGAUUAUGAGACUUGUGUAUCAAAUCCGGACUGUGCCACGGAAACGGUGCGAAGCUUCAUAAGUUCUUAUGCCAGGGAUUGCGACGGCGAUGGCGUGAUCCGAUGUCGAGAUCAUAUAUUGCUGCACCAACUAGGACCUACUGGCUGUAUGAUGGGCACGCUGCCGCCAUUGUCCAACAACCGCAUGACCGAUUGUCUGAGAGUGAAAGAGCUUGAAUAGAGAUGCGUCUUUGUUUGCUCAGAGAACGAGAGCAUAUGUAAA